GUGAAGAGAAAUUCAUUAUUGGUCACUCCUGGAAACGAUAGGGUUAAAAUCAUCAAAUUCUUAAAAAUAAUAGUCCUUUGGCUCAGGAGCUGAUCCCAAAAAUGUCGAACAGGAUGGAAGCAGUCAAAGAGGAAGGAGAAUGGGCAAGCCGAAUGAGGAAUUUUAACAAAAAAUAACACAAAAACAAUGCGUGAAGGCCUGUCAUCCAUGUAUUUAUAUCACUGUCACGAAAUAUCAAAUGAAGUAUGAAAAAUUAUGCCGAUUUGUUGAUUUUGUUAGUCGGAACAUCUUGGUACUCGAACAUAAGCUUCAUCAAAAAUUUUAUUUUUCAUGAGCGUUUGAUUAAGGAAAAUCUAGGCUUCUGGUGCAGUGAAGUGACUUACCUUUGAGCAGAAGGGUACUUAGACUGCUCAGAUGGCCUGUAAUUUCGGUGAAGGCGUGACACGAUUUCCGCUUACAACUGAGAUGGAGUAACAAAACAGGAGAAACAAAGGAUAGUUGACUUGAUGACAGCUUGCUUUGAAAAACCUUUCCGGACCAUCCUUGAUCAAACUUUCAAAUUAAGAAGAAAAGAAGGCAAAAUUGAUGACAACUUCCUCUGAAAUUUUCGGUGUGACCACUAUUGAUGAAACUUUCAACGGAUGCCCUGUUGAUGACGCUAAAUAUUGCGGUGAUGUAAUAAAGUCAUAUGGUUACCACUCCCUGUCGCGAGCUCUCGAUAGGGCCAGAAUAACGAUUAAUCCCUAGCGGGUCGUAAGAUGACUGACGCGGAGCACAUCCGUGAAGUGUGUGGUGCGUGAUUCACGUGGAUCGCGUGACUUUCUCCUGACAGGAACAAUACAAAAUAUAAUGGGUUUUUUCAAAGAUUGCCGAGAAGGGACAGAUUUGGUACCGAGUUACAUGCAAAACAUCACAAGUUGAAUGGAGGCCGCACGUUUAUCAAGACAAGUCUACCUAGGAACUAAUCUCUAAAAAAAAUCCCUUUUUUUCGGACAAAGCAAUGGAAAAUUCAGACGCAGGUUUUAUAAUUAGUGAUACCCAGGUAAGGAGAAAUGUUUGUUCUCAAGCUAAGAACAUACCAGAGACUAUUGGCAGGAAAUAUGGGAAAGUAGUCAAGAUCUUGGACCUGAGCUCUAACGAACUGAGAUCGUUGAACGGGUUGUACUGUUUCGAAAAUCUGGAGGAACUCAUUCUUGAUAAUAACCUGCUAGGAGAUGAUGUGGAAAUUCCCAUAAUGGCCAAUUUACACACACUGACAUUAAACAAAAACAAUAUAUCCAAUCUAGACGGAUUCUUGGACAAAGUCUCCAAGAAUUUACCUUCUCUGAAAUAUCUCAGCUUGCUUAGUAACCAGGCCUGCCCAAACGAACUGUCAUUUUCCUACAGAGACGAGGAAGAUUACCAGCGAUACAGAUAUUAUGUACUUCACCGACUGCCAAACUUAACAUUUCUCGAUUCAAGGCCUGUUAAAAAGGUAGAGAAGAGAGAGGCACAGAGGGUUGGUGCUUACAUGAAGAUCGUUGCUCCUUCACUAACCGACCUGAAAGCUCAAAUGCAAGAAAGCGUAGAAAUAUCAAGAUUCACUCCACUACCUAGUACCACAAAGGCUCCUGGGAAACACAAGGGGACGUUUGGACGUAUUCGGUACAACUACUCUGGAAAGAAUUCUGAAGGCAACAGAUUUAUAAAAAAUGCUCAGCUUUGAAGCUGAAAACUAUUUUACAAGUUUUGUUGUAAUUAAGGACCUUAUGCUUGGUGGGGUUAGAUUCCAUUCCUCUCAUCACUAACUGAGUUCGAGCUUCGUACUGUAAGAUACUGACCAAGAUUUCCCGCUCGGAUUUAAGGCCCGCGCGCUCGCGCUUCGCAUGGUAUUCCUGUCAUAACUCUAUUUCAGACUAUUCUUAGCAAAUCAAUUUUUCCUUGAGCAUAGAAAAUGCGCAGGAUUCGCAUUGAUAGUAUCGUUGUGUUAUAAAUUAUUACUGGUUUGUCCUAUCUUCCCACUCAGCUUAAUUGUCAAGGAGAAAUUAAAAAAAAAGAGAAAAUAUUUUAAAACCUUUUGGAUAAAAUAGAAUGGAAAAUCUAAUUAAAACAGAAAGACUACGUGAACAUCAAUAAACUUCGUUACUGAAAAUGAAAAGGUAGCAUUGAUUUAUCUCCCCUCCCUCCAACCUGCCUCCACCUCCCCCCAGUGUACUUUCUUCUUGAGUUGUUCUGUCACGGUAGAAGAGUAAGGUGAUGUCAUGCAAAAAACGUUUUUUAUUUUUUUAUUAAUAAACUCGAACUACAAUGACAGUUUAAGCUUGUCAUAUGCUAUUUCCAGGUUUAUUUUAAAAAAUGUUUUUUAAUGCGUGUUAAACAAAAGGCAAACUACAGCUGUAUUGCUUAACCGUUGUAAACACCGCGCAACAAGAUCAGUCUACAG